AAACUGAAGCAUAUAAAAAAGAUUUUGUCUGCAUGGAGCAAGGAAGUUUAUGGGGAUAUUUUCAAGCAGCUGAUUAUUAGAGAAGAAAUUGUGAGGAUUAAAGAAGAACUUUUUGAAGGGGAUCCUUCUCCUUUGAACAGAAUGGUACUACAACAAGCACAGGCUGAACUAAAGAAGUAUUUGCAUUUUGAAGAAGAAUUCUGGAGGCAGAAGGCUAAUGUUACUUGGUUUGCUGAAGGGGAUAGAAAUACUAGAUUUUUCCAUAAUCUGGUAAAUGGUAGAAGGAAGAGGUUGCAAAUUAAAAGAAUUCAGAAUUCAAAUGGAGAAUGGGUAGAAGAUCUUUGUUCAAGUGGCAUGUUUGAGGAAGGUAAUGAAUUAUUAGUGGCUGUUCCUACUGCUGAUGAAGUCAAACAAGCAAUUUUUGCUUUGAAUGGGGAUAGUGCUUGUGGUCCUGAUGGAUUAACAGGUCACACUCUUCCUAAAUCCAUCACUCAUACAAAUUUUGUUCUAUUACCAAAAAAGCAAGAUGUUCAGACUUAUGCAGACAUGAGGUCAAUCAGCUUGAGCAACUUUAUCAAUAAAGUUAUAUCAAGAGUGGUUCAUGGUAGAUUGGAGGGCAUCUUACCAAGGCUUGUUUCACCAAAUCAAUUUGGUUUUUUGAGGGGAGAAGCAUUAUUGAGAAUGUUCUUCUAA